AUGUCUGCCGUGCGGUUUCUCUCCCGCCUGACGGGGCCGCUUUGCCUCAGACGCUCCCUGCUCGCCGGGGGAGGGUCGGGUCGGUUCCCUGCGGCCGCGUUGUGCGCCCUAUCCAGCCGCUGCCCGAGCCAUGACGUUUCGCGGCAGAGGACGCGGCCUGUGGGGACUUUCUCCGCAGCGAAUUUGGUUCAAGCGGCUCCCGGCCCGCUUCAGCCCUACCUGCGCCUCAUGAGGCUGGACAAGCCCAUUGGGACAUGGCUGCUGUAUCUCCCCUGCACCUGGAGUAUAGCCCUUGCAGCAGAACCAGGAUGUUGGCCAGCCUGGGACAUGCUAUUUCUCUUCUGCACUGGUGCAGUUCUGAUGCGUGGAGCAGGCUGUACGAUUAAUGACAUGUGGGAUCAGGACUAUGACAAAAAGGUUACAAGAACAGCAAGUCGGCCACUGGCGGCUGGAGACAUUUCAAGUUUUCAAUCCCUUGUUUUUCUUGGGGGACAGCUUAGUUUGGCUUUAUGUGUCUUACUAUGUUUAAAUUAUUACAGUAUUAUUUUAGGAGCCACCUCUUUAUUGCUCGUGGUGACUUACCCACUUAUGAAGAGAAUAACAUACUGGCCACAGUUGUACUUGGGCCUUACCUUCAACUGGGGAGCCUUACUUGGGUGGUCAGCAGUCCAGGGCUCUUGCGACUGGUCUGUUUGCUUGCCCCUCUAUUUCUCAGGGGUUUUGUGGACAUUGAUGUACGACACAAUCUAUGCUCAUCAGGAUAAAAGAGAUGAUCUCGCCAUAGGUGUGAAAUCGACAGCACUCCGGUUCAGUGAAAACACAAAACAGUGGCUCGGCGGCUUCAGCGCCCUGAUGCUUUUGGGACUUACUGUGACAGGAAUGAAUUGCGACCAGACUUUCCCAUACUAUGCAGCUGUGACAGCUGUAGGCCUCCACUUGGCUCAUCAGAUAUACACUUUGGACAUUCACAAUUCUGAAGAUUGCUGGAAAAAGUUUUCUUCUAACCGCACAGUGGGACUCUUACUUUUUAUAGGGAUUGUACUUGGAAACUUAUGGAAAAGGGAAACUCCAGAAAAAAGCAAGGAAAACUUUUGAUAGUGGUUAGUGCAGAAGAAAUUAAUGCUGUUUUUCAGAUAGGGAAUGAGCAUAAGUAAAAAAGAAAAACACGGCACAAUUUCAGUUUGCACUUUCUUUAUAUUUAAAAUGCUGGUUUGAAGGGCCCAUAUUUUAGAAGACUAUAUAUUUUUUUAAUGUAUAAACUUCUUAUCACCAUAUGAUCUUGUUUGAGUUCUUCUUUUCAAAACAUAGGGGAGAAAAAAGUCUAUAGGUCUACACCCUAACCUUAACAUCAUAAAAUUAUAAUGUGUGUGAGAGAAUUGUGUAUAUAUCAUGGACAAAUAACUUUUGCAAUAGUGUGACUUAUGAAAUAGUUUCGGUCAAAGAAUUAUAUUGUGCUAUGUUCAAAACUGUAAACUAUAAAGUGAUGGUUGUCAAGGUGA